AUGGAUAUCGCUGAUCAGGAGAUGGAAAAGGCUGAGCGCCAGGCGUCGCCGGAGAGAUUUCCUGAGACCUUUCCGCCAAGACGACUGACGCAUGAGAUCGAGCGCCUCCCAACCAACGCCUCGACCACCUCAAGUUCGUCCGGCGGCUCAGCUGCUCGCAGAGAAAAUGGCAUGAGCCGCACGUCCACACAGGGCGACCUGGAGCGCAACCCGACCGUCCUGAGCAGAAUUCAAACCGCGAAGAGCCAACAUGCUGGCACCAUCGGAAAGAGCGAGACGGGGAAGAGCAGGGAGAGUAGGAGACCUCUCCCUGAGAUGGGACUGGGCAAGCCUUAUCCGCCUCCGUUGCCCGACCAGGAGCAGUAUGUGGUUGAGUUCGUCGGGCCAGACGAUCCAUUGCACGCCCAGAAUUGGCCGUUGAAGAAGAAAAUCUUUACGGCCGUCAUCCUUGGUUAUACGACUCUUGUGUCGGCCUUUACCUCUAGUAUCUUCUCCACCGCAACAAGAGCAGUGGCCCAUAAAUUCCAUGUCUCCAGCGAAGUGGGAUUGCUCGGCCUCUCGUUCUAUGUUCUUGGAUUUGCCUUGGGUCCCGUCUUCUGGGCCCCUCUCAGUGAGCUGAAAGGCCGACGGCUGCCUUUGAUUCUAUCCAUGUUUGGAUUUUCAAUCUUCCAGGUGGCCGUCGCUGCUGGCAAAGAUCUUCAAACGGUCUUGCUUUGUCGAUUCUGGGGAGGUAUAUUCGGGGCUUGUCCUUUGGCUGUUGUGGCUGCCGUCUUCUCCGACAUGUUUGACAAUAGAACUCGUGGCUUAGCUAUCACAGUCUUCUCGAUGACCGUUUUCACUGGUCCUCUUCUUGCACCCUUUAUUGGAGGAUUUAUCGUGGAGAGUUACUUGGGUUGGCGUUGGACUGAAUGGAUCGUGGCUAUCAUGGGCUUCCUUGCCUUCUUCCUCGAUCUGUUCUUCCUCGAAGAGACUUACCCUCCCAUCAUCCUGGUUUCCAAAGCCGCCGAGCUCCGUAGAAGAACCAAGAACUGGGGCAUUCACGCCAAGCAGGAAGAAAUCGAGAUCGACUUCCGCGAGUUGAUCAACAAGAACUUCUCGCGUCCCAUGCGUCUUCUGGCCACAGAACCCAUCGUCCUGCUUCUGAGUAUUUACAUGGCUUUCAUCUAUGGUUUACUCUACCUGUUCCUAACGGCCUACCCGAUCGUUUUCCAGCAGAUCCAUGGCUUCAACGGUGGUGUUGGAGGACUGCCAUACUUCGGGAUGAUCAUCGGGAUGCUCUUGGCCGGUCUCUAUAUCGUGCUGACCCAAGCAAGCUACAAUCGUAAGCUCCAGGCUAAUAACAACAUCCCGAUUCCAGAAUGGCGUCUGCCACCUGUCAUCUACGGCGGUAUGUCCUUCGCCGGCGGUCUCUUCUGGUUCGGCUGGUCUGGCUACCGCGCCGACAUCCACUGGAUUGUGCCCACUCUUUCUGGGCUCAUGACCGGUUUUGGGCUCCUGUCCAUCUUCCUGCAAUCCCUCAACUACCUCGUCGACGCCUACCUCAUGUUCGCCGCCUCCGCUAUUGCCGCCAACACCUUCCUGCGUUCUCUGGCUGGCGCCGGCUUCCCGCUCUUCGCCACGUACAUGUUCAAUGGCAUGGGUGUCAACUGGGCCGGCACGCUCCUCGGCUGCGUCGCUCUGUGCCUCGUCCCCAUCCCCAUCUGCUUCUACAUCUACGGCGCCCGCAUCCGAAGCCACAGUUCCUUCGCCCCGAUACUGCCCGUCGUGCCGAACGAAGAGGAAACCCCGACCAAGGAUGGCGAGGAUGCCGUCUAG